AUCAGCUUAUCUACAAUCACCUGCAAUAAUCCAGCGGACGGACCGACGGAUGAUCUGACCAGACGGGACGCUCGUGUCAUUCACCAGCAGCUCCGGUGUGUGUGGGUGUCCGCAGAGGGUGAGCAGGUUCAGGAGAACAUAUUACUGUAUACGUCAGUGUGUACAUGACAUGCCGUUCUUCGCUUGGAAUUCCUUCUGCCCCAUAAGGCUUUGCGGUGGACGGAGAUGCUGAUGGAGGAAGAAUGGAUGCUUCGCCGCGAUCUGUUCACUCACACCAUCACAGCGUCAGAGCUCGGCGGUGGGACUGAAUGAAGAAGUCAGCAGCCAGAGAUUUGAGCAUUGCUGCCACAGCAACAAUGUGACUGACUGAAGGAGGAUUGGUUAAGCUGUAGACCCGCCCCCCAUCCCACUCCAGAAUGUUGAGCCCUGUUCUCUGUUCCGAGCUCUCGGCCCUGGAGCCGGAGUACACAGAGGCUGAUGUCAUCUCUGCGGUGGAGUUCAGCCAAUCAGGAGAGUUCCUGGCCACAGGCGACAAGGGCGGGAGAGUGGUCAUUUUCCAGAGAGAACCUCUGGGGGAGUAUAACGUGUACAGUACGUUUCAGAGCCAUGAGCCAGAGUUUGACUAUCUGAAGAGUUUGGAGAUUGAGGAGAAGAUCAAUAAGAUCCGUUGGUUACCUCAGCUUAAUUCCGCCCACUUCCUCCUCACCACCAAUGACAAGACCAUCAAGCUGUGGAAAGUGAGCGAGAGAGACAAGCGGCCUGAAGGCUACAACCUGAAAGAUGAAGAGGGCCGAAUGAAGGACAUUUCUAAAAUCACUUCUCUUCAGGUCCCAGUGCUGCGGCCGAUGGAUCUGCUGGUGGAGGCGUCUCUGCGGCGCGUGUUUGCGAACGCUCAUGCCUAUCACAUCAACUCCAUCAGCAUAAACAGUGACUGUGAGACGUACCUGUCAGCUGAUGACCUGAGGAUCAACCUGUGGAAUCUCGACAUCACAGACCGCAGCUUCAAUAUAGUGGAUCUAAAGCCAGAGAACAUGGAGGAGCUCAGUGAGGUGAUCACAGUGGCAGAAUUCCACCCUCACCACUGCCACCUGAUGGCCUUCAGCAGCAGCACAGGCACCACACGCCUCUGUGACAUGAGGUCCCGCGCGCUGUGUGACCAGCAUGCGAAAUUGUUUGAGGAGGCCGUGGAUCCUGCCAAUCGAUCGUUCUUCUCUGAGAUCAUUUCAUCUGUGUCGGAUGUGAAGUUCAGUCACAGUGGACGCUACCUGCUGACCAGAGACUACCUCAGUGCUAAAGUGUGGGACCUCAACAUGGAGAACAAACCAGUCGAGACAUACCAGGUCCAUGAUUACUUGCGCUCCAAACUGUGCACGCUUUACGAAAGCGACUGCAUCUUUGAUAAGUUUGAAUGUGCCUGGAACGGAACAGACAGUGUAAUCAUGACAGGUGCAUAUAAUAAUUUCUUCCGGAUGUUCGACCGGGCCAGCAGGCGGGACGUGACUCUGGAGGCCAGUCGGGAGGUAUGUAAGCGCCGGGCCGUGCUCCGGCCCCGCCGUGUGUGUGUGGGGAGGAAGAAGAGGGAGAGUGAUGUCAGCGUGGACAGUCUGGACUUCCGAAAGAAAAUCCUCCACACCGCCUGGCACCCUACGGACAACAUCAUCGCCAUCGCGGCCAGCAACAACCUCUACAUCUUUCAGGACAGGCACAGCCACCACGGGCACCACGCAGGACACCGACUAGAACAAGACAGGCCCCCACAAUUACAGGACGCUCCUCCUCAGUGAAAUGACCCGCCACUUAAUGAGAAGACUCCCCUGUACCUACAGGACACGCCUUAUCCAUGAACAAACAUGCCGACUUUGUCUUUAUGACUUGGGGCUCUUCACUUGUGAUGGGGCAUGCCAACCAAAAUGGGAUGGGCUUUUGUUUUGUUUUGUUUUUAUUUUUUCUUUUCUGUUUAUUUUGUCAGACCCCAGGUACGUUAGCAAGUCACUAUGAUUUGUGCUUUUUCUUUGUAAUAUUUUGUGCAAGUGUUCAGUAUGAAUACAUUAUUAAUACACUCAUCAUCCACUUAGGAACAACUACUUUGACUUCCACUUACUGGCCACUUUAUGAGAUUCACUUACCUUAUAGGUCCACUAUAUACAGUACUGUGCAAAAAUUAGAGACCACCCUUUCAUUUGAUUAACUUUCAGUCAAGAUGACUAUUAAGUACAAGGU